GGGGCGGGAAAGUGUGUGGGUUAAUUGGGAGGGAAAUAGCAGUUGAGCGAUUGCGAAGUGUGUGUUUGUGUGUUGCGAAGUGUGCGUUUGUGUGUGAAAUGGCGCAAGUUGAAACCCUAGGCAUUCUUGAUGAUAUUGAAUCUCUUGUGUGUGAUAAUUUACAAGUGGUAUCGUACAAAUGGUUGAGUCGGAAUUUCUUGGUGUCGUCAAAUGCUGCAAAGAAGUUGCUUCAAGAGUUUGUCGAGAAGAAGGGAAGCGACUUGGAAGUUGUUUAUACUUUGUCUGGCUGGUUGAAGAAUAAUCCUUCGGUUUACCAUAUAAGGCUUGCAUCGAGGAAUAAACUUGGAGAAGCCAAAGAAGAAUUUGAUGAUAAUUGCUCAGUUCAGGUGUACAGUGUGCAGACUUGUAUCCCAAAGGAUUCAGCAUCUCUUUGGAAUGCUGAAUUUAUACAGGCAGAAGAGCUUUUUAAGCAGGAUCCUAAAAUCAAUAAUUGCUUGCGAGAUAAUAGGCUCUGUCAUAUAUCAAAUUCCUACGUGAAGCGCAAUGUUGAGGGAGCACACUCUGGUAGCACUGCUGUGCCGAACACAGAUUCUAUGGUCUCAGUAGCUUCCAAAAGUGUUCCGGCACAUAAAUCUGCGUCUGUUCCACAACCUCAGCAGAAGAAUCAACAGCAAUUAAACCCUCGGUUUGGUCAGCAGUCUAGUAAUGAGGUGAAAAAUGUAAAUAAUUAUACAGGAGGGCAUGAAGAAGCUAGCAAGCCUGCUACCGAAAGGGAGAAGUUUGUGCAGUUCCCUGUUGACAAGAAGAAGGAUUUGCAGAAUAAUAAAGUGUCUUCUGGAACGGGAGGAUCAUUAGCUAGUAUGUGGGGUCGGGUAUCUGCAAAGUCAAGGCCCAUUGAGGCCCCAGCAGAAAUUGAUAUUACUAAAUCUAAUACCGCAGAUGCUAAAGCAUGUGCUGGUCAAACAGUGGAGGAAGGAAGCAGUGACGAUGAUGAUCUGGGUAUCAACAUUAAGAGAUCAUCCAAUGGUGAAGGCAGUAGGAAGAGGAGGGUUUUCUUUGAUUCUUCUGAUGAAGAAGAUGACUUCAAGGAGGCUGUAAGCCUAGCAUCACCAGGUUCUCCAAAGUUAAAAUCUUCUUCAAAUUUGGACCUAUGCUCUAAAGCUCAUUCAGGGGAGAAAAGCAGCUUGGACCCUAAAGAACAUAAAGAAAAAAAAAUGGAGGUGAAGGAAGAAAAUAAUAUGAAAAAGGCAGCCGACCCUCUGCCCAGGAAAGAAUCUGUAGUCAGCAAAAACAAUAAAAAUGGGAUACAUGCCUCUGACAAGGUCGUCAGCCAUAAUCCUGGAACUAAUGCAUGUAGCAAGGAUAAUGGGACUAGUGCUAGUCUGAACUCAUCCAGAAUUGCUGCCAAAGGUAAUAAUAGGGAGGUUUCUACUUCAAACCAGAUCCAGAAUUGUAUUGAAGAAGCUGCAGAUGUGAAGAAUAAUGUAAGUGAAGCUGCUCCAAGCUCACCCAAAAGGAGAAAAGUGUUGAAGACAAGGAUUGAUGAGCGUGGGAGAGAAGUAACUGAAGUUGUUUGGGAGGGCAAUGACUUAGAGGGUAAGGCUAAUAGUAAUACAGUGAAGAAGGAUACAAUGUUGAAGGCUGGCAAUAGUGAAGUGACGACUAAUACCAGGCCACCCGCACCUAAGAAGUCGCCUGCAGUUGGAUUGGUUGCUCCAUCAAAUCCAGUGAGUAAAGCAGGAAAUAAGAAAGGAGCGAAGGACCCUAAGCAGGGCAAUAUCCUAUCAUUUUUCAAGAAGGUUUAAGCUACCAAAUGAAGAUUUUUCUGCCUUUUGCUAAAUUCAGCUUGACUCGACUUCGUGGAAGGGAGCGAGACUGAAAGGCCUUUGCUAGGAAAUUUUACUUAUAUACUUUCUUUGGGAUGAAGUUGGUACCUCUUUCAUCGUAGCAUAUACUCAGAUCUGCACCCUGAACAAUUACCCCAGCACUUUCAACUAUCGUUUGAGCAAGGUCUGGAUCAGCUUCAGCAGCUGCACGUAGUGCUUCCCAUAUCUCUGAUACAUAAUGAUACAGUGGUUGUGUUGGUGUAAAAAUGUUAGGAUAAUGUAAUAUCUGCAGCACUGCUACUACAUAUAUAAGUCCAAUUCGAAUAACUCGAUGUAUAAUUAUUAGACUGAAAGAUGUUUAGGAAGAAUGAUAAGUUGGCAACUGCAUUUGUUGAUUGAUGGUUUUGGUAUAUAUAGUGUUUGACAAGCAA